GAUUCGUUUACAAGAUUUUGAAGAAAAAGUACCAUGUCAAAUAAAUAAUUCUGAAUUUAGAUCAGAGUUAUAUCUUUUAUAUUGCGAUUUUGGGCAUAUGGAAGCUCUCAUUAAUACAGGUCUAAGCUUUUAUGAAGGU